GCUUCCAUGCAACUCGGAGAUGGAAUCAAGCCACAUGGAGGAACACGCAACAGAUUUGACUUGAUCAAGCCGUUUGCGUCGUGCGCGAUAGUGAUUUGGUUUGCCACGCUUGUGCCGUUGGCCGCCCAAACCACACCAGUCCUCACAUGGCGAGAUUGGCGUGGCAAGGCGCACUCGCCGCCGCCUUCCUCCUCCUGUGCGCGGCCGCGGGGGUGGCGCUGGGGGCGAAGCGGGUGCCCAUCCCUGACGACCUGCGGGACGUGGUGGACGACGAGGAGGACGACGAAUGGCGCAACUGGGGCGCGAGCCAUUCGCGGGGGCCGAACCGCGGCGACGGCCCGCCGCCUGACCUGUCACGGAUGGAUCCGGCCGCCCUCCAGGCCGAGCUCCUCCGCGGCCAAACCGGGCCCUCGUUCGGCUUCGUCAAGCUCCGCCCCGGCACUCCUCGCUCACGGGAGGAUGUGGUGGGGAUUGCAACGAGGUGGAGCAAUGUGCUGCGGACCGGAUCGGUAGAGGCCAAAUUCGUUGCUGUUGAUUUUGGGACGCUCAUGUUCACCAUGGAGAGAGGGCAUGACAUUCUAGAGCUGAAAGAGUUUAUCUUGAGCCAAGCUGAGGCCUACGAGUUUAAGAUUGGUGAUCAGAUUUUCCGCAGACCUGGAGACCCACCCCUGGACCAAGUUCUUGAGAAGCUAAAGAAACAGAAGAGUCAUAAAUCAAAAGAUGAACUGUAGUAGAUUCAUUUGCUAAAUCGUACUGCAUGCCUUGUAACACAAGUUCCUUGGCCUAUUCGUUCAUACUUGUUUUACAAUUUCGCUUGAGUGGCCGUUUUACAUUUUACAAUCUUGGACGAUCACAAGUAGUCCUCUUUGGUAGAAGGGUUCUCUUCCUUUUUUUUCUUAUUUUUUUGUGGAGGGCUAGAACGGUUCUCUUCUUCUAAAUGCUCUGUGUCACUGCUCGAGUAUUGUAACCACCAUGCUUUUGCCAUCCAUUUUGAGUGAAAGAAUGCGGUCGUCCUUGAUGCUAGA